UUUCAAGCCUGGCCUUGAAGAACUAGACGCGAGAGAUCAAAAACUACUAGUUUUCUACGCUCGCACUAUCAAUAUUGGAUAUUGGAUAUUGAAGGUGUUUUCAAACCCUGCAGUUACGUAGGGGUAAUUAUAGUACGGAUGAUGUAAAUGCUCGAUGUAUUUGUCUAGCAUGUUACAUUCUUAUAGAUAGACACAAACUAAAAGAGGGUUAUCUUAUACUUUUGUACUAAACUAUGUGUGGCUUAAGUAACAUCCUGGAUAUGGUUUGCGCGAAUGAAGGAUUAUUCGGUAUAUGAGAGCGACUAACAUAAAUUCCGACACCUGAAGCCUGCUCACUAGUUGCUGACUUUUACUGAGUGAGAACACUCAUCAUAUGGAUGUGUAUCUAGUCACCUUUUGAAGAGUAAUAAUUGGAGGAUAGACAGUAGUGAUAUGGCCAUCUGCCACAACCUAUAUCUGUGCUGCAAAGCCAUUUUCACAUGUAUUCUGAAAAAAAUUUUUACUCAAGAUGACUUAUCAUGAAAUGUACAGAAGUACUACACUGGGGACUACUCUACGAGAAGCCCUAGAUGAGAUGCUGGCUCAUAAUUUAUUGCAGCCUGGUAUGGAUCAUAAAGUAAUGCAAAAAUUUGACCAGUGUAUUAGUAAUGCUUUGGCAAAACGUGUUAAGAACCGUCUUUCUAUUCGCGGUCAUUUAAAUACCUACAGAAACUGUGACAAUGUAUGGACAUUAGUAAUGAACGAUGUAGAAAUAAAGGACUCAUCCGCUAUCAUGACAGUUCAUAAGAUUAAAAUUGUUGCGUGUGAAGGAAAGAAUGCGAAGCCAGCCCCUGCAAAAAUAGCCACCUCUUCAGCUAACGAUCGUUUGAGAACGGGCGUUAAUGCCGGUGGGGAAGAUAACGAACAACGUGAAGCCUUUGGUUCCGGAGACGAGAUGGAAUAAAUUCCAAUGGCUACCAGUUGAAUAAAAAAGUUGUACAAAAGAAUUUUCUUUUUAUAUUAAACGAAUCAUUAGAACAAA